GCUCCCGCCCCGGGCGGCCCGAGCGCUGCCCCGCCCGACGGCUUCCCGGUGCGCCGGGCUUCGCGCUCUUCCGCUCCGCUACCACCUGCUGAUCGCCCGCGUCUGCGCCGCCCGGCAUGGCUGGCAAAGCGCACAGGCUAAGUGCGGAGGAGAGGGACCAGCUGCUGCCAAACCUGCGGGCCGUGGGGUGGAACGAGCUGGAAGGCCGGGAUGCCAUCUUCAAGCAGUUUCAUUUCAAAGACUUCAAUAGGGCUUUUGGCUUCAUGACGAGAGUGGCCCUGCAGGCUGAGAAAUUGGACCACCACCCUGAAUGGUUUAACGUGUACAACAAGGAGAGGAUGUUAAGGAGAGAUUAUGAAAAAGAGGCAAGAACAAGAAAAAAGCAAUUACUACUCCAGCGCAAGAAAAGGCCCUUAAACAUCUGAAUAUUGCUGACCCAGGCCAUAAGCAAGUAUUUCAGUUCUUUUUGAAGAACACCAUGGUGCUCAAAAUCAAGAAGCUACUUAACCCAGCUUUAAAAUAAUGUGUGUACUUGACAAUGUGCCAUCCUAAUCCACUCUCACUGAAGCUAAGAUGGACUUAACUGCACUUCCUGAACCACACAAGGAUGGACACGAAGAAAAGGGGUUGUAGACUUGGCCUCUAUCACUAUACCCUGUCAUAUGAAUCAGCUGCCCUGGAGAGAGCAAAGAGCCAGGGUUAAUUAAAUAUUUACAGGGCAAGCUAAUACUUUGAGCAAUGUAUUUUGUUGGUAAUAGUCAAAAUAACCAACUGUCUACUUUGAUUAACAUGUGGUCCCUUCCCUCGCUCACCUUAUGAGUAUCAGCUGAAAUGCUGGUGACGCCUUUCACGCGGAAAUCAAAGGGCUGCUCCAAUGGGUAUCCGGCUUUCUCCAUAAAGACGAUGAGGAAGCCUCCCAGACAAGCAUCCACAUGAAGAGGUAUUUUGUAUUUGACAGCCAGCUAGUUCCAGAAACCAAAGACCAUAAGAGAAUAUCAUUUACAGCCCUGUAACAGAAACCUUGCAAGCCAUGAGUGGAAAGUGGGAUAGAGCCACAGGCAUGAUGUACUAUCUUCCAUGUUUUAAAAACCUGGCCAUUUUUUACUUAUUAUUAUUUUUUUUACUUUUUUUUAUUUUAGGGCCACACUUGCAGCAUAUGGAAAUUCCCAGGCUAGGGGGCGAAUUGGAGCUACAGCUGCUGGCCUAGACCACAGACACAGCAACUCAGGAUUCAAGCAGAGUCUGCAACCUACACCACGGCUCACGGCAACACCAGAUCCCUAACUCACUGAGUGAGGUCAGAGAUUGAACCCAAUCCUCAUGGAUACUAGUCAGAUUCGUUUCCUCUGUACCACAACAGGAACUCCUGAUAUUCUUAAUAAAGGUCAUCUUCCAAAGGUAUUCAGCCUUCAAAAUAAUUCAUUUGAAAUGUGGUUUCUAUUUUAUAUUUAAACAUGCAUGGCUUCAAACUCACGCAAAAUCAAAGUAAGAAAUGAGCAGCACUCUGAUUUGGGCUGGAGAGGGUAGGGGAGGUGGCAGGGGGUGGGGGGGCCAUGGGGCAGUACAGUGAACACCACCAUUUAGGCAUGCGCCUAAAUGCAGGUUAUUUCCUGAUCUGAAUCAAAAUGCCAGUACCAGUUCAGAAUGUCCAGUUUAAGCAAAGCCUUCCACGUUGUGUUAUCCCUCCCACGUUGUGUUAUCCCUCCCACGUAGCAGAAGCCAUCUCUUUCAGAAGCUCAAACAGAACUGUGCAGCUUACCACAGGGCAGAUGAGAGCUAGUCAUCACCACUGGGCCAGAAUCUAAACCCCAAAUCGCUUCUCUUUGCCAAGUACUGCACCUUAGAUUAUACUAUAAAACCUCGAUCUGGAUGUAGUCUGUUUCUCCCACGCACCUUGGCCACUUCGGGGACAGGAUCUAUCACACCGUGAGGAUACUGGGGGGUAGAGCAGACGAGCAUGGCAGUGUUCCUGGAGAUGGCUCUCCGCAUUGCCUAGGGGGUUAAAGUUAAGAGGAAGGUGAGGGGCCCCAUCACAAUUACUCUUCCGCUACCGAGAUCAGCCUAGGCCACCAGCUUGGAGUGUCAGUUCCAUGGGGCCCCCCUGCGUCACCUCUCCAACCUGGAGAAAGACGGCUCCCCACCAUGGUGGCUGAAUGCAAACACCUGGGUAUGAAAACAGUCUGUGCGCACAAUACAAAAACAAGAGAAUCUCUGUGAGGCUGAAAAAGAACAUGGGGCUCAGAGGCAAAAUUGCCAAAGGUAAGUCCCGGCCCCACCUAUCGGCAGUGAAAUCUUGAGAAACUUCUUCAUUUCAGCCAGUGCGUUUCUUCAUCUGUGAGUAACACUAACAGCUUCUACGACCUCUCUGGGCUGUCAUGAGGCUCAAGUGCGAUUCUGAUGGCACUCUGAAAACUAGAAAGUUCUUCUAUAUGAGUGCAAGGCAUAAACAUAAUUACUGAAGGAGCUGGAAGAUGAGGGACCUGGCGAGAGGUUGGCCAAGGGGUACCAAGUGUCAGGUAUGCAAGGUGAUGUACAACCAUGACUGUACUGAACGAUCCUACACUGUACACCUGAAAUGUGCUUAGAGAACUAGGGGGUAGCCUUAAGUAUUCGAACCAUGAAAAAGAGAAAGAAAGAAAAUGGUAACUAUGUGAGGUGUUGGUUCUGUUAAAUAGCUUGACUGUGGUGAUUAUUUCCCAGUGUUCACAUAUAUCAAGAGGUCAAGCUGUAUGCCUUAAAUAUACCCAGUAUUUUACUGGUCAAUUCAUUAGUUAAUACCUCAAUUUCAGUUGGAGGUAAUGAUGCAGUGCUAAUAAACUGGAUAGUUUACUUAUGGAAAAAAAUACUACUAUAAUGGCAAUGGUACUCUUUCAGGAUAAUCAAAAACCACAGUGGGUCUCAGGGCAAGUUAGUCCAGGCUCAGUUUACAAAGAGAAGAGAAAGUGAUGGCACUGAGACAAAACCCAGAUCGUUAAAGUCUCAAGUUAGUCUCACCUUCCCAUCAGGGUUCAUGAAUCCAGGAAAAGCCAAAAGCUGCAAGGAUUCACCACAGCCAGUGGCAGUGUUUGCAACUCUGGCUGCUACAAUCAAGGCAUUUUUGAGCCUGUCUGUGACAAUGGAAAAAGCUAGCAAUCAGGUGCACUUCUUGCUUCUUAUGGCCCAAGACAGCCAACAGUCCUUCAGAGGAACUCACCCGAAUAUCCACCUCCAUCAUUUUGUUCAGUGGAACCCGUAUAAUCUUCAUCCCAAAGUAAUUGGCUGCUUUGUCAAAUGCAGCAUGGGCACUCUGGGGGGCUACGCUAAAGGGCAGGGAAGAAGAAAAUAAUGAAAUUCAAAUCAAAACAGGGUUCAAGAGACAACAUGGUUAGCAGCUAAUCUAAACCACCAGGAGUAAACUUCCGAUUAUUUACCCUCAAAUUUUUAAAAGUGUUUAUAGUGUUUUCUUUUUAGCACAAAUAGAGGUCAGCGGAUUUUCUAGAGAAACCUUCUCCUUACUCUUUAGAAAUCAUUUUGGCAGCAGGAAGAACUCCAAGUAAUGCCACACUGAGGGAUCCUAAGCAUAAAGCAAGGCUGACGGGUAUAAAGACAAAGGAUGGGGACUUUGGGACCACCGUGAGGUUGAGCCUUCUAGCCGCUGCUGACCCAAGGAUGGGCACCUCAGUGAAGAGCAAGCUUCCUGACACAACACAUGUUCAAGCAGAGAGCAUAAGACUGCUUGUUUAGCAGGGAUGUUAAAGCAACAGUCAAGCAUCAGACCAGGGGGGCCCUCCAUCUCGGAAAGACCAUGAGCUACGAAAAACCAAAAUCCCCAUUUUCCCCCACACACUUGGAGGCAGCACUUCAAAUAGUAUUGAAAAAGGAAACCAAGCCAUUUGUUUUCAGACUUCCCUCAAUCACUCCACUCUUACAAUUAAUCUGUUCUCUUGAAGGGAGAAAACUCACUAUCACUAAGUACAAAGAGACAAAAAUGGAGUUCUCAUUGCGGCUCAGUGGAUUAAGUUACCCGACAGUCUCCAUGAGGAUGUGGGUUUGAUCCCUGGCCUUGAUCAGUAGGUUAAGGAUCCGGCAUUGCUGCAAGCUGCAGCAUAGGAUCACAGAUGUGGUUUGGAUCCAGUGUAGCUACGGCUGAGGCGUAGGCCGGCAGCUGCAGGUCUGAUUUGACUCUUAGCCUAGCAACUUCCAUAUGUCACAGGUGCGGUCAUAAAAAGACCAAAAAAAAAAAAAAAACCUUUAUGCAUGAAGAAAGACGGCACCUGACAUUCUCUUAGUCUAAGGAUGAACCACAGCAAGAGGUCAUGUGCAACAAAGCCCUUAAUCACUGACACUUAUGGGAAAAACAUUAACCCAGAAGAUGUAAUAUGAACACACUUAUGAAAAGGAAGGGAUCUUGAGAAAAAAAAAAAAAAAUGCAACCAAAUAUCAAAAUUAUGUCCAUGGGGUGGCAAUAUGUAUAAAUCUCAAAACGAUUUCUAAAAUUUUUCCUUCCAGAACGCAGUCUUCAGGCUGAAAUUUUCUCAAGAAGCACCCCAAAGCAGCCUAUUAUUUUUAAGUAAUUUUCACUGAACUAAGAUAACUAGAGAGCUUUCCUUAGCCUCCAGGUAAACUUACAGUAAAUACCGCAGAAUUCAAAGAUGUAUGUAGUCCUAUAACUCUGUCACUUCUAGAAAAAGGAUCUUGUUCUUGUUUGCAAUAUACACCACAUAUAAAUUGGGGGGGGGGGUGGAGAAUGACCUUUAAUAUUAACUAGCAGAUCCACUUAGGAUUUUGCUGAAUGUGAAGGAUAAGUGGUCAAGGGCCAAGGGCAGGAAGGAAGAAGCAGAAAACAGCUGUCAAGCUAUUUUACAUGACAGUACUCUGCAGAGACAAACCUAAAAGGGGGAAAAAAAAAAAAAAAA